AUGAGUUUAGUAAAUUCCUUUUCUUCCUCGAAUAAUAUUCAUUAUCCGUCGGAAAGUAUCGACUUGUCUAUAAACCAAUAUCGCCAUUUUAAAGCAAUCGCCGCCGUUCAAAUUUCAAUUUCGAUGAUUUAUUGCUUGAUCAGAUGCAUUAUUUACCACCCGGAGAACAGCAGAAUACAAGCUCUAUAUGAUAAAGCAAAUUUGGUUGUUUAUGGAAUCGUGGGAAUGGCGAGUGGGAUUGUCGGAAUUAUCGGCGUCGAUUUAAAUCUGCUUUCUUGCUUUCAAACAUUUGCUGUUUUAUCCCUCGGUAUUUCAGUCUAUCUUUCGACGCAUAUUUUCUCUCUUUGGCUUUUGUCGUAUGCAUACUGCGUCUUCAACAAAGAAGCUUUCUGCCAGGGCGCUCACAUAGCCGGACUUAGUAUUUACUCGAUAAUGAUUUGGGCUCGGCAACCUGUGUGA